CCGCUCUCGGCCCAGCGGUUUCCGGUUGUCGAGGCUGGGGGUCGCCAUGUCGGAACCACGGCCUUUGCUGCGGAUUCUGUGCCUGGCCGGCUUUAGACAGAGCGAGCGCGGCUUCCGCGAGAAAACCGGGUCUCUGAGGAAGGCGCUGCGGGGCCGUGCUGAGCUCCUGUACCUCAGCGGCCCGCACCCCAUCCCAGAGCCCGCCCCCGCGCCUGGGCCCUAUUCCCGGGAGGAAGAACCUCGAGGUUGGUGGUUUUCCGAGCCAGAGGCGGCCUCGUUCUCUGCCCUCGAAGAGCCGGCCGAAUGCCGAGGCCUGGACGAAGCCUUGGGUGUCGUUGGGCAAGCCAUGGCCCAGCACGGACCCUUGGACGGACUCUUGGGUUUUAGCCAAGGGGCAGCGUUGGCAGCCUUGGUGUGUGCGCUGGCGCAGUCUGGCGACCCCCGCUUCCCCCUCCCUCGAUUUGUCAUCCUCAUUUCUGGUUUUCGCCCGAGAGGCCCCAGACUCACCCUGCCUUUCCGGCAGGCCCCCUUGAUGUUACCUUCCCUGCACGUGUUGGGAGAGACUGACAGGGUCAUCCCUACUCGGGAGAGUCUUGAACUGGCCGCCUGCUUCUCAGGCGCCGUCACGCUCUCCCACCCUGGGGGCCAUUUCAUUCCAGCAGCUUCUCCCCAGCGCCAAGUAUAUCUCAAGUUCCUGGACCAGUUUACAAAGUGAGAUUUCUGGAUUCCUUGGAAACUCUCCGACCCAACAGACCUUUGAAGACACUUGAAGCUCCAGACCAGCCGCUCCUUUACAGCAGCCUUGACAUGGCUACAGGUCCUGGCCAUCACUGAUCAGCCAGUAGAGAAGCUGGUACCCCUGGGCUCAGACUAUGCACAUCUUCCAGAGAGGAGCAGAGUUGAGAACUCUGCAGGCAGAUGAAGGCAGAUUCAACUGGGAAGAGAGCAGGCUGGAACACACUGGACAGAUUUUCCCUGUGCCGUAGGUUCUACAACAUGAAAUGAGCUGAUUGACCUGUAGGGAAUUUAAGGCAGGUAUAUUGGGCUAAAAGUGGACAGGAAAUGGGGUGGAUUCCGAGGAAUGUUAGUACUGUAAUUGCCACCCAAUAAAGCAAAUAUUUUGAUAUUUGA